GCAGCGCCAUUGUUGGAGCUCUUGCCAAGGAGGAUGCGUCUGUGAUCACGGAGGCAAUGAGGACAGCUCCAUACUCCCUAGCCACGGAUGGGAGCACUGACUAUGGAGACUAGUGUCAUGAGGCAUCUACUGGGCAGAACAUAUUCAAACUCAUUGACAAUGAACUUGAGAAACGUAGCAUAUCCUGGGACAACUGCAUGAGUUUUGGGGCAGAUAAUGCCAUGGUGAUGCAGGGACUCAAAGCUGGCACGGCAGGCUACAUCAACAAAAAAAACAGUGCAGUAUAUGUGCUGGGAUGCCCGUGCCAUCUAAUUCAUCUAGCUGCAGAAAAAGCUGCUGCUCAGCUUCCAGUGUCCAUUGAAGAGCUGCUGGUGGACAUAUACUUCUACCUAGACAAAUCCAGCAAGAGGAAACAGGGACUGAAGAAAUUUCAGGAUCUGUGUGGAGUGGAAAUGAGAAAGAUUGUUAAACAUGUAAGUACGAGGUGGCUCUCUUUAGAUAAAUGCAUCGCCAGGUUGUUGCAGCAGUGGCCUGCAUUGCUGCAAUACUUUGAGUCAGAACAGUCUGGGCACAGCAGCAAGGACAAGACCACGCAGAGCAGCAGCAAGGACAAGACCACGCAGAGCAGCAGCAAGGACAAGUCCACCCACAGUGUUAGCAAGGACACAUCAACCCACAGUAGCGGCAGCAAGGACAAUUCUCAGUUUGAUUUGGCAGGCUAUCUCUUUCGCCAACAAAACCUAGCCAAAUUCUGUCAGGGAAAGAAAACACCAGCAGCUGCAACCACACAGCCCAAGACUGCAACGGCAAAGCCCAACACAUCUAGCGCUGCACCCACUCGGCCCAAGACAUCUAGCACUGCACCCACUCAGCCCAAGACAUCUAGCGCUGCACACACUCAGCCCAAGACAUCUACCACUACACCCACUCAGCCCAAAACAUCUAGCACUGCACCCACUCAGCCCAAGACAUCUAGCACUGCACCCACUCAGCCCAAGACAUCUAGCACUGCACCCACUCAGCCCAAGACAUCUAGCGCUGCACACACUCAGCCCAAGACAUCUACCACUACACCCACUCAGCCCAAAACAUCUAGCACUGCACCCACUCAGCCCAAGACAUCUAGCACUGCACCCACUCAGCCCAAUACAUCUACCACUACACCCACUCAGCCCAAGACAGGGGCACAACAGAGAGUGCAGAGGGCAUGUCAACAUCUGCAGGACCCAACAUUCCAUCUUUACUGCUACUUUCUAAGUGCGGUCCUGCCGAUAUUUGAUGAGGCCAACACUCUGCUGCAGCUAGACAAACCCUGCAUACAAAUACUACACAGGACUUUGACCACACAGCUGAAGAAUCUCUUGAACCGAUUUGUGAAGCCUCAGGUGAUCAAUGCAGCUGCUAAGGUUCACCAGGUACCAUUCAGGGAGCCAAGCAACCAGAAGAGCAAUGAGACCUUGUUCAUUGGGCAAAACACCAGAGACUUCAUAAGAGAUCACCCUGAGCUUGAGGAGCUGCAGCUUGCCCAGGUCUUCAGCGCUGUGCGGGCAUUCUACAUGAAGGCUGUUGAGUACAUGGUGAAGAAGUUUCCCUAUGAUGACCCAGUGAUAAGGAAUGCUUCUGUGGCUGACAUGUCUGCACGGGACAGUGCAGACUUCAAUUCUGUGAGGUACUUCACAGGCAGAUUCCCCUGCUUGAAGAUGAGUGCUGAGGAGAUGGACAAGCUUGAGGGUCAAUUCAUGACCUACCAAACCGAUGCUCUGCCAGAAAGCAUCACCAGCUGUGACAGACCAGACACACAGUGGCACCUGAUGAGUCAGCUGAAGGAUGGAAAUGGCCAUCUCAAGUACCCUUUACUCUGCAAGGUAAUGCUGGCUAUCCUCUGCAUCUUCCAUUCCAAUGCAGACUGCGAACACAUCUUCAGUCUUGUCACAAAAAACAGAACGGAGUUCAGACCUAGUAUGGGAAUGGAGACCCUGAGUAACCUCAUUACCCACAAACAAUUCAUGGUGGCAAAGGGGUCUGUCUGCUACAAGCAGGCGUACUCCAAGACAACUCUUGCCAAGGCCAAGUCAGCAACCUAUGACCAUCUAAAGUGA